AUGAUUGUAGUUACUUGUUUAGCACCAGUAAAUAUUGCUGUAAUUAAGUAUUGGGGGAAGCGGGAUGAACAGUUGAUUUUACCUAUUAAUGAUUCUAUUAGUGCUACCUUAAGUACAGAUCAGAUGAAUGCAAAGACAACAGUCAUGAUAAGCCCAAAUUUUGAAAAAGAUCUUUUGUUUUUUUUUAGAGAAGAAUCUUGUAUGAGUCCUCGAGUACAAGUUUGUUUAAAAGAAAUACGAAAAAGAGCUUCUGAAAACCUGAAAGGAAAAAAAAAUAAUCAAGGGAUCGAUCUUUGGAAAGCUCAUAUUUGUUCUGAAAAUAAUUUUCCUACUGCUGCUGGUUUGGCUUCAUCUUCUGCUGGUUAUGCGUGCUUAGUCACAGCAUUAGCUAAAGCUUACAAUGUAGAAGGAGAUUGUUCAUCUAUUGCAAGACUAGGGUCAGGUUCAGCGUGUAGGUCAGUUUUUGGAGGUUUUGUUAGGUGGCAUAAAGGUAACCAAGGAGAUGGUUCUGAUUCAAUUGCUACCCAGAUUGUCCCAGCAUCACAUUGGCCUUCCAUCAGGAUACUUAUUCUAGUGGUUAAUGAUGCUAGGAAGAAAGUGGGCAGUACUUCUGGAAUGCAACGCUCUGUUGAAACAAGUCAACUUUUACAGCACCGUGCUUCACAUGUUGUUCCUCAAAGAACAGAACAAAUAUUAAAGGCAAUUAAAAAUCAUGAUUUUGAAACAUUUGCUGAGAUUACAAUGAAAGAUAGUAACCAACUCCAUUCAGUUUGCUUGGAUACCUAUCCUCCAGCAGUUUAUAUGAAUGAUGUUUCACACACCAUUGUUGAAUUUGUUCAUUCAUAUAAUAAAAUUAAAGGGACCACUAAGCUGGCUUAUACAUUUGAUGCUGGACCUAAUGCCUGCUUAUUCUUGCAAGAAGAAGAUGUGGCUGAAGUUGUUGCUACUAUUAAACAAGUAUUUCCGCCUACCAAUGAAAACAACUAUAUCAGAGGAAUUAAAGUUCCAGAAAAGAUUUUAGAUAAGGAUUUGGUACUUCCAUCUGGUCCACAAGAAGUAGGUCGCCUCCGUUAUAUCAUUCAUACAAAGAUUGGUGAAGGUCCAUCAGAGAUUAACGACCCUGAAGCUCACCUUCUUGAUCAAACUGGCCUUCCGAAACAGAAGACUGAUUAG